UUUAAUUAAAAAUAAACAUGGCGGAGAAGUCUGCCAAAACGAUGGGGAUCGGCACAAAACCUGUGCCUAUGAAAUUCUUCGCUGUUUUGGAGGUGGAGAAAACAGCCCCAAGUUGUAUUCCAAGGUUAUGUACCCUCACGUUGAGCAGACUUAUCAUACAUAAAUCACUGGAAAAUGAUCUGAAUUCCGUGAUUAUUGCUGUUAAAAUGCAGAAUUCUAAGAGAAUUUUGAGAUCAAAUGAAAUCAUUGUACCACCUGGAGGUUUACUGGAUACAGAGUUAGACCUCACGUUUUCUCUUCAGUAUCCACACUAUUUAAAAAGAGACUGCAAAUUACAAGUGAUGUUACAAAGAAGGAAGAAAUACAAAAACAAGACCAUUCUAGGAUACAAAACCCUUGCUGUGGGCCAUGUCAACAUGACACAUGUUUUACAGAGAACACAUGAUAAGGACCUAUCUCUGUACAGUGAUCAGAAAGACAACACAGAGAAGUUGGCCACACUGGUCAUGUUACAGCUGUCUAGUCAGCCUGUGGACCACACAGAGAAUGGCCAGAGGAAGACAACUCUGUCAGAUGUUGAUCGUUCCCCAGACAUUGAUAAUGAAUCGUACGAUGAAGACGAUCAAGAAGAAUGGUCAAAUGAUGACAUCAGUGAUCCCGAGGCAUUAGACGAGGAUGGAAGACUGAGAGCAAGAAAAUCCAACCGAACACAGGCCCGAGGGGUAGCCACAGCUAGAGGAAGAGUCAGCCAACAGAGGAAUUUUAAACAGAAAAUUGUAUCAUUGCUUCGAAAAUUCAAGAUCACAGAGGAGUCAUUAGACCCAGAAGAGUUCCCCGACACAAAUCAGGACCCAAACGAUGACAUCGAAGACUUAAUUGAUGAGCUGGCAGAGAGCAUGAGUGACAGUGGCCAGGAAAUGGACCCAGAUGCUGUCAGUGUUAUUUCAACUCCUAAACCAAGACUCAGACCAUUUUUCCAAGGCAGAACAAGCACUGUAGAACCUGACGAUGGUAGUAAGGACCCUGAUAAAAAUAGCGAUGAUGCAACUUCCAUCAAAAAGGAACCUGAAAGUCUGAUGGAAAAAGAACAGGUAGAAGAUCACAAAUCUUCUCCAGAAACAAAAGGCAAAAUUAGUCAUGGCCGCAGUCGAUCGUAUCGAGAGGGAAAACACAAUAAAGGGGAGCGACAUCGUCGUCACAGUACUGGUCUAAUUCACGGAUCGGUUAGUACCGCGGAGAAGGAGCAUGAACUAACACACAGUCCGAGGAAAGCCUUGAUGGAACAGUUAGGGGUGGUGUUUGGGGGAUCAGAAGACAAUCUACCGGAAUCUGUCAUGUUGGUCAAUACCUCAGAUUGGCAGGGACAGUUGUUUCACCAGAAGCUUCAGGAUCACAAUUAUAAUGUUAUAUGUACGUGUGGAGAACCUGAUGUUAAGGCAUCUAUUAAUGCUCUGGUGUCCAAAAUUCAGAAAUACUGUAACAGUAACUCCAAGGCCCCAAGUGCUAUCAAGGUGUGUAUAGCGGGAAGUGAUAGUUAUAUCAACACAGUCCUCAGACCCUAUGUUGAGCAGUUCUCAGCUAAACCUCCAGACUGGCAGACAUACGUCAAGUUCCUCAUCAUACCAUUUGGCUCCAGUUCUAUAGGGAAGUACAUAGGUAGUCUGGACAGUACUUACAGUGCUUUGUUCCUUGACCAAAAUUGGAAGGAUACAUUUGAAAAGAAUGAUGCCCCAAAACUGGAUUCUCAAGACAUUAUAAGUCGAGUAUCAAAGUAUGUCAACUGCUCAGGGUCAGUGGUACAAAUCCCGAUCGCUGAGGCUAUGGUGAUGUGUAGAGCCAAAAGUGGUGAAGAGGAUUCAUCUCAAAUAUUGAUUCCAUUCAUCAGUGAGGUUAAGAUUGGCAGUUGUGAUGUUAUGAAUGCCUCCAUGGACUUUGAGGACACUGGUAAUACACUGGUCAACUCUCCAUCAUUGUCCAGUUCUCCUCCCAGUAACAUGAUGACCCUGGACAAACCCAAGAUGGACAUCUCCACCCCUCCCAGCUCCCCCAAUGUCAGUGUCUCCACAAACACCAGUCAAAGCACCAUGCCCCCCACCAUGGUUCCCUCUGGUGAAUUUCUGGAACUACAGGUGGACUACUGGACAACAGCCUCCAAGUCUGACAGCACUGAGAAAACCGACAAGGCCAGUAAAAAGGACAGUAAUAAGUGUACACUGAAGACGACGUUCCGGUCGCUACAGGUACAGCGUCUGGCUCAGAAUCCUGUAGACCUCAAUGCUUUUUCCAUGGUAGUGGUUACUAAGGAGAAGAAACAUAUAAUUAUGAGGCUGGGGAAGAAAGCCAAGGAGGGAGAAUCUAAGAGUCAGAUUGUGGAGGGAAUUAAUCGACUGAUCUGUACAACCAAGACACAAAGUUACUCACUCAAAGUAAUGGUGGAUGGGGUGGAAUGGACAGGGGUGAAAUUUUUCCAGUUGUCAACAAAUUGGCAAACCCACAUAAAACAUUUUCCAAUCACCCUCCAUGGGAAUCCCGACCCCAUCUGACCUCCUCCUCCAGCAGGUCUCACAGUGUCUAACCACCAAGGUGCAUCCUGGGAAAAUUCAGACAGAGGUGUUUUAUAUAUCAGGGCUUCCCUCUUUUACCAGAGUUUUUUUUUUUUUUGUAACAACACAUUUUUAUCAAAGAUAAGCUUACCAUAACCAGCCAUAUUAACUUGAUUCAUGACAAUAGUUUGUGAUUUUCACGGAGUAGUUUUUUUAUGCAGACAAGUGCUAGCAAUUAUACGUACAUUAGAUUAUAAAAAAGCUUUGACUUGCCUCUUAGUUUACGACAACAUUGUUCAUAAUAAAAUAUUGGAAUUGUACAUGUAUAUUCCUUUUCUAAUUAAUAUAGGAAUAUUUUCCAAUCAAAUGAUUAGUAAUGUACAUAUUGUGAUAAAGAUCAUUAACAGUGCUAAUGUAAAUCUGAGUGUUUUGUUGAAAGUGAGAGAGUGGUACUCUGUAGAAAGCAUAAGUCAUCUGGAUUUGCUUUCACACAUUUUGUUGUGUAGGUCCUUUUCAAGUGACAUUUUUUCAUAGGUGCUUAAUUAUAAGAUUAUGUCAGUGAGUUGUCUCAGUUUUUCUAUAGGGAGUUAGAUCAAACAAGGCCAGUAGAGAGUUGUCUCCCUGUCAUUGUGUUAUUAAGUCUUAAUGUCCUCAGUAUUGUACUGCAUUGACUAAUCUCUGCACGGAUAAUGUACUUAAUUGAAAAAAAAAUGUAUUAUUAAUUCUGUAUGAAGAUAAUUUAAUGUUUUAUUUGUGGAAUUCAUUUUGGGCAUGUUCAAACUUUUAUGUGUAUAUGUGUACAAUGUGUAUUUAACCAAGAACAAAACUUGUGUACAGGAAAAUUAACCAGCCCGUGUUUGUACAUGUAGUUUUUUAUGUUGGAAUUUUUCUGACAUGACCCUACUUUUGUAAUGUUUGUGUUGUUCUAUAUACAUGUAUCUACGAUCUGGAGAUGCUCCACAUGACUAUACCGGUACUUGUGUGUAACAUGUUGUCUUAGAGACUAACGACAGAUGAUUUGAGGGGUAGACUUAUAGAUGGAUCUCCUGGUUUAAGGUAGUUAAGAUAUAGCAGCAUGGCAUUUCAUUCUGGGAUUUUUUAAAUUGUGUCGAUUUUCGUUGACACUCCAUGGUGAUCAUGUCCCAUCAUUUUAUAUUACCUGUUGGACAUCAAUAUCAUUACUACAUGUACCUGUACAUAUACCGAACACAACUAGUAAACAAUUCACUGAAACAUGUACAUGUAAUUGAUUAUUUUCUGUAAACUAAAGCAUUAUAUUCAAUGUUGCCAUGUCAUGUCAUUUUUAGCUCACCUGAGCUGAAAGCUCAAGUGAGCUUUUCUGAUCACCCGUUGUCCGUCGUCCGUCCGUCCGUCUGUCCGUCCGUCUGUAAACUUUUCACAUUUUCGACUUCUUCUCAAGAACCACUGGGCCAAUUUUAACCAAACUUGGUGCAAAGCAUCCUUGGGUGAAGGGGAGUUUAAAUUGUUAAAAUGAAGGGCCAAGUCCCCUUCAAAGGGGAGAUAAUCAAGAAAAUACAAAAAUUGGGUGGGGUCAUUAAAAAAUCUUCUUCUGAAGAACCACUGGGCCAGAAAAGCUGAAACUUAUGUGGAAGCAUCCUGGGGUAGUGUAGAUUCUAAAUUGUUCAAAUCAUGACCCCCGGGGGUAGGGCGGGGCCACAAAAGGGAAUCCAAGUUUUACCUUGAAAUAUGUAGUAAAAAUCUUUAAAAAUCUUCUUCUGAAGAACCACUGGGCCAGAAAAGCUGAAACUUAUGUGGAAGCAUCCUGGGGUAGUGUAGAUUAUUAAUUGUUCAAAUCAUGACCCCCGGGGGUAGGG